CCUGGUCCCCAGAGCCCGCCCGCGCCGCGCGGCUGUUGAACCGGGCGUCACGAUGACCGAGCGCUUUGACUGCCACCAUUGCGAAGAAUCUCUCUUUGGCAAGAAGUAUAUCCUGAGAGAGGAGAGCCCCUACUGCGUGGCAUGCUUUGAGGCCCUCUAUGCCAACACUUGCGAGGAGUGUGGGAAGCCCAUCGGCUGUGACUGCAAGGACUUGUCCUACAAGGACCGACACUGGCAUGAGGCCUGUUUCCACUGCUCACGGUGCAAGAGCUCGCUGGUGGACAAGCCCUUCGCUGCCAAGGAGGACCAGCUGCUGUGCACAGGCUGCUACUCCCACGAGUACUCGUCCAAGUGCCAGGAAUGCAAGAAGACCAUCAUGCCAGGUACCCGCAAGAUGGAGUACCAGGACAGCAGCUGGCACGAGACCUGCUUCGUCUGCCGCCGCUGCCGGCAGCCCAUCGGCACCAGGAGCUUCAUCCCGAAAGACAGCCAGAACUUCUGCGUGCCCUGCUAUGAGAAACAGUACGCCCUACAGUGCGUUCAGUGUCAAAAGCCCAUCACCACCGGGGGCGUCACGUACCGCGAGCAGCCGUGGCACCGGGAGUGCUUUGUGUGCACCGCCUGCAAGAAGCCGCUGUCGGGCCAGCGCUUCACGUCCCGAGAGGAGUUUGCCUACUGCCUGAGCUGCUUCUGCGACCUGUAUGCCAAGAAGUGUGCUGGCUGCACCAACCCCAUCAGCGGACUUGGUGGCACGAAGUACAUCUCCUUUGAGGAACGGCAGUGGCAUAACGACUGUUUUAACUGUAAGAAGUGCUCCCUCUCGCUGGUGGGGCGAGGCUUCCUCACAGAAAGAGAUGACAUCCUGUGCCCUGACUGCGGGAAAGACAUCUGAAGCCCACACAGCUGCUUGUGACGCACACGGAUUUAGACACACUCAUUCUCCACCAGGCAGUACUGUGUCUGGUCUCCACCCGCCACCUUGAGACUUUCCUCUUGUGCUUCUCAGUGAUAGUCACGUUUGUUUAAAUCCUUUAAUCCUUUGUACUAGCUCAGUCCCAGGGAAGGAGGAAACCCUUCUGUAAACCCUCGGGGGGGGGGGGGAGAUGGUGUUGAAUUUUUGUAAUCAAGCAAGGCAAAUCCAAGUGUAAAAGUCCUUUUGAAUGACAUCUUUAUACAUGUAUCUUUCUUUCACUGCGUAUUUAAUUUUUAAGUGCAAUUAACAUGUCACGAACUUGAGUUUUCCAAACUACAUGAGAUAAUGAAGAGUGCGCAUUUACAACUGUGUAGCUUCCUGUCAUGUAAGACCUAGAGCAAGAUCAUAUAGCUUACAAUAAAGUUAUCCAGAACAAAA